AUGAGCAAGCUGUGUAUUAAUGAGUGUAUUCCAUAUGUUCAAAAAUAUGAAUGGGGCAAAGGAAAAGAUGGACUAGUUUAUGAAGUUAUGAAAAAUAUUGUUCAAGAGAAUCAUAAUAUUAUAAAAAAAGAAAUAGAUCAUCUGGAGUACUUGAAAGAGUAUAUGGAUGAAUAUGAGAAUAAUAAAGAUGAGAAAAAAAAAGGUAAAGACCAUGAAGAAGUCGACAAAAAUGGUGAUGUAAAGAAUGAAGAGGAAAAAAAUGGAAAAGACAAGAAGAAAAAAAAGAAAGGAAAAAAAAGUAUUGAAAAGGAUGAAGUGAAUCAAAUGAAUGAUGAUAAUAAUAAAAAUAAUGAUAAUAAUAAUAAAAAUAAUGAUGUUAAUAAUAAUAAAAAUAAUGAUGAUAAUAAUAAUAAUAAAAAUAAUGAUAAAUAUGCUGAACUUUGGAUUGGUAAUCAUGUUAAAAGUCCUAAUUUGGUUGUAUAUAAAAAUAGUUUAGUAAAAAUUGAAGAAUUUUUAAAAAUAUAUGAAAAAAAAAAAAAUAAGAAAAGUAAACUUAUGAAAUUUUUUUAUAAAAAAGUAGGAAACUCUAAAAGUAAAUAUACAAAUAAAAAAAAGGAUUCAACAAAAUCAGAAGAUAUUAUUAAUAAAAAUAAUAAUACUACUAAAGGUAGUACAGUAGGUGGAGAAAAUGAUUUAAAAAGAUAUUCAGAUAUUGAAUUUUCUUCUUUAAAUAAUGUGAGUAUAAAAGAAAAAGAAGAUAUAAAUGAACAAGAAGAAUUAUUAGAAGAAGAAGUUGAUAAAAAUACAUUAUUUCCAUAUUUAUUUAAAAUGUUAUCAAUAUCAAAACCUUUAAGUAUUCAAAUACAUCCAAAUGAACAACAAACUUUAUAUUUAAAUACCAUGAAUCCUCUUUUAUAUAAAGAUAAAAUUUUUAAAACAGAAAUGUGUGUAUGCAUAAAUUCAAUGACUCUUUUAUGUGGUUUUAUGAAUAUAUUUAAAAUAGCAUUCCUUAUAAGAAAUAUCAAAGAAUUGAAUGAUUUUUUUUUGAAAAGAGGUUGUCAACAACUUACUCAAGGUUGUGAUAUCACACAACAAAAUAAAAUGGAUGAAACAAAGUUUGCAAAGAAAUGCCCAAAUGAAAUUAUUCUGAUGGAUGAUAAGAACUGUAAUAUGAAAGAUGACACAAAAGGUAUAACAAAUAUUACAUUGGAAGGAACAAAUUAUAAUAAUAAUAAUAUAAAGAAAGAAAAUAAAGUUGAGAGUAGUGUUGAAAUUGCUCUAAUAACUCAAUUGUUGUCUUCUACCCCAUCAGUUCCUUCAUCAUGUGGUAAUAUCAAUGUAGAUUCUAAAGAAGAUGAGAAAAAAGAUAUGUUUCAUUUAUUUGAUUUAUUUUAUUCUAACAAAGAUGAUCAUGUGGAAGAAGUUUUAUCCAUGUUAUCAAGAAUAUACAUUUAUAUUAUUAACUAUGCUUUAAAAAGAGGUAAUGGAUUGAGUUAUGAUGUUAUAUCUGUUAUUGAUAAUUAUGCAGAGUGUAUACAAAAAUAUGUUUAUGAUGAGAAUUUUUAUUCUUCCUUUUAUAAGAAUGAGAAAUUUUUAGAACUUAAUAUUAACUUAGGAAAUCUUAUUAAAAUCGAAAAAGAAAAAUUACAAAAUAGCUUGUAUGAAAAUAAAUUCAAUACAGACCUAACCGAAUCUGAUAUGGAUGAAGAAGAAAAAGAUGAGAAAACCAUAAGUGAGGAUGAUGGUGCUAUGGAUUCCUAUGAUGUAUUAAAAAAGAAAGAUAAAAAAAAAGGAUCACAAGAAUAUGACAAGGGGGUAGAUAAUAACAAUGAUCAAUUAGAUAAACAAAAAAAUGAUGAUGAUGGCACAAAGGUGUGCGAAAAGGAAUGUUCACCUAGAUGUUCAAAUGAAUAUACUAAUACAUAUUCAAAUGAAUGUGUCAAUGUAUAUAAUAAUUUGAAUAAACAAAAUGAUCCAUAUUUUAUUAGUAGGAAAAAAAUUAAAGCGUUUUAUGAACAUAUGUAUAAAUUCUUAAUAUAUCGUAUUUUAUUAGUAGAAAAUGAUGUCCUAAAUGAUUGUGUGACUUCCAUCAUAAAAGAAAAUGAAAAAUAUCAAACUUUUAUUAAUGAUGAUGAAACAUUUAAAAAGAAAACAGAGAAAUUAUAUGCUGAUAUUUGUAAGAAAAAAAAUUAUGAAAAUCUAUGUAAAGAAACUGAAAAUUUUAUUAUUCAUAGUAUUUUUGAACUUUUAAAAAAUGUAUCCAUGUAUUAUGCUAAUGAUGGAGGAAGAAUUUUCCUUUUUAUUUUACAAUUAAUUAAUUUAAAUCACGGAGAUGUUGUAUAUAUAAAACCGGGUGUUAUUCAUUCUUAUAUUUCGGGUCAUUGUUUAGAAUGUAUGACAAAUUCUGAUCUUGUUAUUAGAGGUGGAUUAACUAAUAAAGAAAUUGACAAACUGAAUUUUAUUAAAUAUGUUAAUUAUAAAAAUAAUUAUCCUAUUAUUUUAGAAAAGGAAUUUAUUAAUUAUAAUAUCAUGUCUUAUAGUUAUCACAGAAUGAAACAUUUCAAAAUUUUAUGUAUUACCAUCAGACCAGGAGAAACCAUUAAUUACGUUUUCUCAGAAAAAAGUUUCACUUCAUGUAUAGUACUUUCAACAAACAAAAAAGUUAAAAUCAAAGGAAAAAAAAAUGAUAAAAUAAAAGCUAAUAUUAAAAAUGUAAGAAAGGGUAUGAUACUUUUUAUAGCUCCAACUGUUAUGGUAACUAUAUCUAAUUUGUAUGCCAACCCAGAAGAUGGAAAUAAGGAGUUUGUCAUAUAUUGUGCUACUUCAUAA